AUGUCCGUUGAUCAAAAAGGUGACAUACCUUUCACAAAGAUUGUAAAUAACAAAACAGUCGAUGGUGGCCAAUGGGACGGUUCAAGCUACUAUAAUGAUAAAACAGAUAAAUUCUAUAUCUUUGGUGGAUUAAACGGUUCAUAUCCUGAAGAUGAGGCAAAUCCAACAUUUUCGGUAUUAGACUUAAAAACAUUAGUAUGGACAAACUUGUUGGGUAGUGAUACUCCAGCACCAAGAGCAGAAGCAAUGUUAUGGGGUGAUGAAAAUGGAAAGUAUGUUUAUUUAUCCGGGGGUCGUGGUCCAUUCAGACGUGGUAAAGAUUUAACAUUCAAUGAUACCUUUGCCUACAAUGUUAUGGAAAGUAAAUGGUACCAAAUUUACCAAACUCCUGAGCAACAACAAUUAGCCAAUAGAUCAACUGAAGCUAAAGUUGUAGGUAACAAAGCAUAUGCAUAUGCUGGAACUUCAUCAACAAUGUCAUCAUUCAUUAACAAACCAGGAGCUAUUCAAACAAACGUCAUUGUUUAUGAAGAUAUUAAAGGUUGGAAAAAUGUAACCGUUAACUGUGAUAAAUGCAAAGAUCAAUGUAUCCCAACUCCAAGAGGUCAUCAUCACUUAUGCUAUAAUAAAGAAAGAAACUCAUUAUUUACUUAUGGUGGUUAUACUAAAGACUCCAAUGGUACAUCUUCAUUCGCACCAACUAACUAUUUAGAAGAUUUAUGGGAAUUUAAUUUGGAAAAUUCAACUUGGACCCAGCAUAUGAACUCAACCAAUGUAACUCCAGGAUUACGUGAUAACGGCAAAUUCGUAUACUGUAACAAAGAUGUACUUUAUAUGAUUGGUGGAUCCGACUAUAAUAGCAAAAACUUUAUUGAUUUAUGGAAAUACCAAUUCAAAACAAAAUCAUGGGAAUUUGUUUCAGCCUCAGCAUUACUCGACGAAAAUAAUAAUGCAAUUAAACCACCAACACCAAUAGGUUCAUAUUAUUUCUCACGUAAUGAUGCUUAUGGAAAUCACGAAUUCUGGAUCUUUAGUGGUGCAUCAAGUGAAUUCCAACCAAGCAUAUUCGAAAAUAAAUUAUGGAGAUUAACAGUCACAAAAAAAAAUGAUCGUUUAUAA